UCCGAUUCAAAAUCAGUUGACUCACACAGACUUCAGUGUCUCAGUUAAGGACACUAUGACUUGGUGUUUAGAGCCCUUAACAUCCAGAAAGGCAGAACAAAUUAACAAACCAUAUGCAAGAAUUUCAAAUACUUUUAGAAAUCAAUUCAUUUUAAUUAAAACCUGUGAGGAAGACAAAACGAACACUGUAGGAUUGUCUGGUUUUACAGCUAAAUUACAGAAUGAGAAAGAGUUCAUAAGAAAUCUCACAAGAGCUUAUAAAUGCAUGCAUAUUCACCACGCUUAGGUUUGAUGGGUGCGGUAAAUCUUUGCCGGUCUCUCGUUAUGAUGGACCGGCAAGGAUUGUUUCUGAUGUUUAUGGUGUUUGGACAUGUGAACAACUGUAUCUUUGAGAGUUAUUAGGUUUUUUGGUUAAUGGUGUUUUCAUUCGGUGACGGAUGCAUGGCCUACCGGAGGGACUGGGGGAAUAUGGCCGAGUUGUUUUUUCUCAGGUUGGAUGGAUCGUCCCUCUGACUGCCCCCACCCUCCCGCGGUGUUCCGUCAGGCCGAUCACUGGGACUCCUUGGAGUAUUGCAUCGUCCCACCCUGCCCGGCGACACUGCAUCGGUGGAGAACAGUUCCAUGGAUUCGACGUAGCCAACCCUGCUGGUGACCAAGAUAGCACCCGGCUCGUUUCGCACUAGGGACCUUUUCGUUGUGAACGUGGUGAUGCAGUAGGCCGUCUGGAGGCCGUUUUGUACCACUUUGGACAUGUUGAGAGAGUCUACGCGGGUCAAGAAAAGGUCCAAAAUGGGGGAGGAGAACACACCAGUUAAGUAAUCUCUGUUGGCCCGGGCCGUUGAUUACAGCGGCUGAGACCAAAGAAGACUACAGAUCCGGGGUUGAGGAAAAAACUAUGCUAAUCGCUAUGUUUACAUUCAUUAAGCUACCACUAGACAUUCGACUGGACAUUGGAUUUGGGAAGAUACCCAUUGGAAUCGAAAACGUCGGCUGUUUAGAUGUAGUGUUCCUGCAAGAAUAGAGUCAGUACCGGCUGCCUCUUUGGCCUCGCCGCGAGCGAUCCAACGGGAACACGCAGGAACGCUGAACCGCCUGAGGGAGGGGUGCUGACGGUCAGAGGAGACGGACCAGGGAGCAUCAACCGUGAUCUAUUUCUAGAAAUGAUGCCAAUGGAUAUUGAUGACACUCAAUCCAACAAGCCCAGAACGGAGAAUCCUGUUGGUGAUACAGUUUCAGAGGUACAGUGUUGGAAAAGACCCUCUGGGGUUGCUGUUAUAUGUCUGGGACUGCUGUGUGGUCUCCUAUUGGCUGGGAUCAUAGGCCUGUUUGUCUACUCGAGAGACCAACAGGCCAGGUACAGCAUUCUGGGUAAUGAGAAAGACCAGUUCCAGAGCGAGGAGGACCACUUACAGACACAUUUCAGUACCUUAUCAAAAGACAGAGACCUGUUACAUACUAAAUGCAAAACUCUUAAAGACGAGCUCCAGACUAAUUACGACAAUCUGACUAAAGAGAGAGACCAGCUCCAGAAAAGUUACGACAAACUGAAUGAAGAGAGAGACCAGCUACAGACCAGUUACAACACCCUGACUAAAAGGAGAGACCAGCUACAGACCAGCUACAACACCCUGGCAAAAGAGAAAGACGAGCUACAGACCAGUUACAACACCCUGGCUAAAGAGAAAGACCAUCUACAGACUAGUUACAACACUGUGACUGAUGAGAGAGACCAGCUACAGACCAUAUACAACAGCCUGACUAAAAUAAAAAAUCAGCUGCAGACCAGCUACAACAACCUGACUAAAGAGAGAGACCUGCUACAGACAAGCUACAAUAACCUGAUUAACCAGAAGUGUCCCAAAAACUGGAAAAAGUUUGGCUGCAGUUGUUACUACAUCUCCUCUGUCAAGAACACCUGGAAUGCAGGCAGACAGGACUGUCUGAAUAGAAGAGCAGACCUGGUGAUCAUCAACAGCAGAGAGGAACAGGCUUUUAUCAAAGCACUUGGCCACAGAUCCUGGAUUGGUCUGACUGACAGAGACGUUGAUGGAACAUGGAGAUGGGUGGAUGGGACACCAAUGACCACAAGUUACUGGAUCAACGGGGAGCCAAAUGGAGGGAAAAAAGAAAACUGUGGCGAAAAUAAAAUCUCCAACGAUGAUCCAGUGAUGGCUUGGAAUGAUCAACCAUGUGACCAUGAAAAUUAUUUUAUCUGUGAGAGAUUUGGGUAGGGUGGAGGCUGGGUUGGACAUAGUGUUGGGGUGGGGACUGCGGGUGUUGUGUUGGGUGGAGGUAAGGUGAAGGCUGGGAGAGCUGGUGAGAACAUUGCUCCAUUUUAUCACCAAGAAUGUUUUCUGUAAAUCUAUACGCAAAACCUAGCAUUUGUGUCAUACUAUGAUCUACUCCUAUGAUCUACUCCUAAGACCUACUACUAUGAUUGAUUACUAUUGGCAAAUAUCCUAAACUGUGUAUAUUGUGUGUAUAAAAUACUCUGCAUAUCUUAUUACCAAUACUAACUAAUCAAUAUUCUACAAGACAAUUACCUUUCUUCAUUUAACUUACUUUGACUGUGAAAUGUUGAAGUAGAUUGUACAGACUGUUCUCUGGAUACUAAAUUACAAAAGCAUAAUAAAUAAAAAUGUUCA